UUUUUCAAUACACAAUUCAAAACAAUAAAUACAUAUGUAUAAUUUUUCUGAUAAAUAAUAAUUUAACAAUUUAAUUUUUUUUAAUAAAUAACAAACAAUUAUCGAAAAUGAUCAAUUUAGAUAUCUACAAACGCACGUGCACAAAAGUCGCACAUUUAUGGAAAGAAGUGGAUGUUACACAAUCCGAUGUAGAGGCCGAACCCGAUGUAGAGCCAGUCGCCGAAGAAGAGCAGCAGGAGGAGGAAGAAUUGGUGGAUGAAUUGGACUGCUGUAGAGUGAUGGGCGAACUGGAGUGCAUGAAAAGGCGCAUACAGAAAUUACAAUUGCGACUCAAAGCCGACGAUACCUGUCUGGAUGAGCCAUGCAUAGAUCCACAACUCGAAUUGGCCUGUUCAAGUAAUCCGGAAAUGUGUGAACUGCAAAAAAAGCAUCAUAAAUUACAAUGUCAAAUCAACGAACUCAUACGCUGUUGUAAUGUGGCCAAAGAUCAGAUCGAAGAAUUGCGCGCGCGUUUGUGUCAGAAGUCACGUGAAAUACUCGAGCUACAGAAGGCUGUCUGCCUGCUGGAGACCUGGCGCAAUACGUUGCAACAUGAAUUUGGUGUGUGCUAUGAACGUUUUCAGUAUUUGAAGCAUGUGAAAGCCGAAUGGGAGGAUGUGGAGAAGAAACUCGACGAGCAGAAGCAUACAUUUAAAGUGUUGGAAAAGACGCUUGUGCCGAAAGUCUGUUUUGUGAGUGAAAAACGGCAAUUCGUUGAAGAAAUCGCACAGAUACGCGAACUGAUGCAGGAGAUGUUUCAGGCGCACAACGCUAGAUUCGAUGUGUUGGAACGACGCUUGGACGGUAUUGAGCUCACUAUGACAGCGCCACCAGCGUUAUCGAUCAACUUGGGGCAGGGUGUCAAGGGCAAAGAAAAUCGUGCAAGCGACAUGAUUAAAGCAGAACAGUGAAUUGUGGAUAUAGCGAUUUUUUCCGAAACAAAAUUAUCUUAUUCCCAACAAAGUCACAUUCACAGCAAUUAAUUGGGUUUCGCUGGGAUUAGGAGAACUUAAGAAAGUGCUCUUCAAAUAAAAAUUAGUUAAGUGCCUGCCUCCGCAA